CGGCAGCAGCGCCUGCCUCCCAGCUAGCCUCCUUUCCUUAGGGCCAGUUUAUUCCCGAAGCGAGCCGUGCAUGCUGCCCUCGGCGUCCCGCCGUGUGGCGAAGAGCGCGGCGCUCGGAGGAUGCAGCCUCCCACUGCUCCGGUUUCCAUGACUGACCCUUUGGGCGUGCUGGACCCCACAGGGCACUUUGCAAAAAGGAAGAAAACUUCACUGUGGUUCACAAUCGCCCUCUUGAUAGUGUCUGUUUUCAUACUGACCAUAGGCCUUGCAGCGACCACCAGAACAGAAAAUGUAACUGUGGGCGGUUAUUAUCCAGGAAUAAUCCUUGGUUUUGGGUCCUUCCUAGGGAUUAUCGGUAUCCAUCUUGUAGAGAACCGGAAGCAAAUGUUGAUAGCAUCCAUUGUGUUCAUCAGCUUUGGAGUGGUAGCAGCUUUCUGUUGUGCAAUCGUUGACGGUGUGUUUGCAGCACGACAUAUAGAACCCAGGCCAUUAUAUAAUAAACGGUGCCAGUAUUAUUCAAGUGGAGUAGGAUUCUUAUAUGAUGUUUACCAGACCGAAGUGACAUGUUACACCUUAAACAGCAAGUGUCAGCUGAAAGUGAAGAGUAACACAUGCUACUGCUGCGAUUUGUACAAUUGUGAAAACUCAGAACACUCUACCAGCUAUUAUGAGUUCCUUGGCGUGAACAGCUGUCAGGAUGUGGUCCACUUGUACCGGCUGCUCUGGUCCUCCACUGUCUUGAACAUCAUCGGAUUGUUUCUUGGCAUAGUCACAGCAGCCAUACUUGGGGCAUUUAAAGAUGUGGUGCCUCUCUCACAAAUUGCCUUCAGCUCUGGCCCUCCACCACAGAUUCUUUACAAUCGCCAGCAGAUUCUGACGUAUGCUGGGUUUUGCCCUUCUGCAGCAACUGUUCCUCAUUAUGCUUCCUACCAUUUACCCCUUCAGCCUACCAACAAUUUCCCAACAGCAUCUACUGACAUUUCUUUAUCCGACGACACUCAGCCACCAUCUCAGUCCAGCUCUAACUAUGGCUUGCCUCCCAAUGCUCCUCCGUUAUAUACACCCUAUUUCCUGUCAGGUGAAAAGCCUCCACCGUACGUACCAUAGCCAAGACACCAAUAUCAACAGUGGCAUCUAUUGACCAGUCUCUAUUGGAGGACAAGAAUGAGAUGUGAUGUCAUUGGACUUGUAGACAGCUUCAUCUAGAUCCACAGCUUGCUUGUUAACUUUCACUGUCAUGCAGCCACGGUAGAAAGCGGUGACUGGAGUUGAAGUGACAGGAACAUCUGUAUGUUUUGUUUUGUUUUUUU